GACCGAGCGAUUUUCCCGUCAUCCUUUGCGCGUACUGCGCCGCGACGACCGCAUUUCCAUCCCGUUGGUAUGUCGUUCGCGUCCAAAGCUACCUUUGUUCUGUGUUGUGCCGUAUCCGUCGGAAUAAUAAGUCAUGUGCAUUACAGGCAAGCGUACGACAGGGAGCAACUUCACUUGGGUGUAAUACGCGACGUCGAGCGACGGCAACGUCGAAAAUCGGAGAAUAUCUACAUCCUGCAGCAGCAGGCCGAGCUAGCCAAAGAACUGCGAAGGGAAGAGGCGCUCCAAGAGAACGUUACGUAACACAUAGGCGUCCCAUCCUAUCUCUG